GGAACUCUUUCGAUUGGUGGCAAAGAAGUGACCCUUGAGUACACUCCGUGCCCAGAGUUUUGGCGCUGCAAACGUUGUAAGGUGUGUACUGUGGGCUACAGAUCUUCCUGCUCCUAUUGCAAGCUCCCAAGAGAUGGGAGCAGAGCAGGUCCAGAGUCCAGAGGUGGUUCCGAGGGAGAGGAUGCAUCAGCUGAGCAAGAAUUCACAGAGACAAAGCUUGAAAAACCUGAGCAAGAGUUAUCAGGACAACCAGGAUCUCCAAAGCAGCCUCUCCAGCCUUCAGUUCCUGCUCCGCAGCAGGAGUGCCAGCCUCAGGAACAGGAGCCAAGGAAGAGAGAUGAAGGGAGGGAGCGGCGGCCCUCACAGGAGAAGAGAAGGGACAUGGACCGGCACCAGGAGCUGCCUUCUCAGAGAGAAGCAGAGGAAGCCACACCACAGGAUGGUGGAGGAAGCAGAACAAUUAUGCUGAAGCGUAUUACUCGAUUCACACCACCAGAAGUGAUUGUGGGGCUCCUGGCCCCAUAUGUGCGACUAUCCACAUCCAGCGUGCGCAUCAUGAAGAACAAGGCUGGCCGGAUGGGGCAGACCUAUGGCUUCAUUGAACUGGAUUCACAUGCUGAGGCACUGAGGUUGCUAAAGAUACUACAGAAUCUGGAUCCCCCUAUCUGCAUUGAUGGACGUACGGUGGAAGUGAAUCUUGCUACAGGGAGGAGGAGGAAUGACUAUGGGGAGCACGGUGACAAUUCCUACUAUGGGCCGGGCAGAAGGGGCAUGAGAGACAGGAGGGGUGGCGAAUCACAGAGACGCACCAGAGCACAGUCUCCAUCAGAUGUGUCCACAUACAUUUAUGAUCCUGAAACUGGGAAUUACUACGAUCCCAUAGCUGGGACAUACUAUGACCCCAGGACUCAGAGAGAAGUCACGAUAGACCGAGAAGCCUGCUCAUCACCUACAGAGAGCAGAAGGCGGCGGCAUGGAAGCCAAGAACGGACAAAUGAAAGGAAGGAACCGCACAGCAGGGACAAUAGGGACAAAAAGGAGAAAGGGAAAAAUACUUCUGCUAAGAAUGAGCCUGGAGAGGAGAGGUUCUUUGCAGAAGACGUCUUCAAAAAGCCAUUGCCUCCCUCUGUGAAAAAGGAUGAGAGUGCAGGCCUGAAUGAGACUGGGGAGGAGAAGUUCUCUGCAGAAGAUGUCUUUAAAAAACCAUUACCUCCUUCUGUGAAAAAGGACGAGAGUGCAGCCCCGCCCAAGGUGGUGAACCCUCUGAUAGGACUUCUGGGAGAGUAUGGAGGAGACAGUGACAAUGAAGAGGAGGAGGAAGAGGAGGAGCAGUCACAGGCACAGUGGCUGCCAGCUCCCCACCCACCAGCACAACGCGAGGAGCAGCCAAGGAAGGCCAAGCUCAGCGACGACAAGCUGACCGACUGGAACAAGCUGGCCUGCUUGUUGUGCAGGAGGCAGUUUCCCAACAAGGAAGUGCUCAUCAAGCACCAGCAGCUUUCCAACCUGCACAAGCAAAACCUGGAGAUACAUAUGAAGAUCAAACGAUCUGAGCAAGAACUGGCAUAUUUGGAGAAGAGAGAGCGUGAGGGGAGAUACAAAGACAAAGGAAAUGACCGGAGAGAGAAAUUCCAGCAGAUGGAUUCACCAGAGAGGAAACGACUCAGAUACGACCGGGACUCAGAGAGUGACUAUGACCCAAGGAUUGAUACUAACAACAAAGGGAACCGAAUGUUGCAGUCCACGGGGUGGAAGAAAGGCUUCGGCCACAACCAGCAGGGCACAACAUCACCAGUGGAGGCAGAAAAUCGGAAGAAGGGCCCUGGCCUGGGAGCCCAAGGGAAGCCCAGCAAGAGGCAGUCCAAUGAGACCUACCGCGACGCUGUCAGGAGAGUCAUGUUUGCCCGCUAUAAGGAACUUGAGUGAAUGGUGGAGAAAGCCCCAAGCCUUUUUUUUUUCCUCUGUUGUGUUUUUUUUUGGGGGUUUGUGUUUUUUUUUUUUUUUUUUUUUUUUUUUUUUUUUUUUUGAAUUGUUACAGGUUUUGCUGCUAGAAUUUUUUUUAAUAAAACUGAAAAUUUGUCA